AUACAACGAGUCUGAUUAUGAAAUGAAUAUAGUGGAAGUUUCCGAGCAGACACUGAACGCAGCAACGCUAUCCGCCGGAUCAGUAAGUCGACCAUCAUCUAAUUAAGAAUCAAGAAGAAAUAGAAGCAACAAUGAAUGUCUCUCAUGAAAUAAACUUGCUGGUGCAGGAGAUUCAGCGGCUUGGCAGUAAAAAUGCUGAUGGUCAAACCAGUGUGAAGUUUGGGGUCUUGUUUAAUGACGAACAGUGUGCCAACAUCUUCGAGGCGUUGGUGGGCACCCUGAAGGCAGCCAAGAAGAGGAAGGUGAUCAACUUUCAGGGCGAGUUGCUUCUACAGGGCGUCCACGAUAACGUUGAUGUUGUCCUGCUCCAAGAAUGAGGCCAAAGUUUGGACCAGAUGGGCUUCUAGCAGCUGUGGGUCUUACUGAAUCUUUCCAAAUACUGAGCUUCUGCAGUGUACCGGCUUGUCGCUGAGCCUCUGUUUUCAGUUAUCCUCCUUCACGUACAAGGCUCAGUAUUUAAAUUCAAACAUAAUUACCAAACAGAUUAGAUGAAACUGUACACUUCUGGACCCAGUUGGCAUGGCUGCAUAUGAUUUCAUUUGAUUUCACUAAGUCAAACAGAAUCUCAAAAAGGUAUUUGAGAAUAAUUUUAGGUUUUUCAGGGGCUGAAUAAUGGCCACAUUCAUAGUUUCAGAUCAUAAGGAAAAAAUCUCUCUCUCUCUCACUCAGGCGCUGCUGUUUUAUCAACCCACGGGUCUGACAUGUCAUUUUGAUACACUUUUAAGACUAUAAACGCACAAAUCAGGAAUGUAAUAAUUUGUGUAAAGCAUUCAUUUGGGUAUCUUUUUGUUAAUUUCUGAAAAAAAAUACAGUAUAGGGUAACUAUCACAACCAAAUGCCUCUCUUGAUGGUAUCAGCGUCAGGAUAAAGGACGCACAGAACAAAAUACGCGCUAGAUUUAGCAACUUUGACAAACGUCUUCUUCACAGUUUUAAUUAGAGCACUCUGAUCUUGACAAAUUGUUUGUAAUGGAUACUUGUUUCUAAAGCUUCACUAGGCAAAUUCUCCAUUUAUCAGCCUCAAGUGGCAAUGGGAGACCUCAUUACCUAAAAAUCAUGUGUAGAGAUAUAUUUAAUCUAGUGCAGCUUUUAGACAACAGGUAGUGUGUGUCCACCAACAGUGUCACCAAAUGGCAGUUCCAUUUAUUGUUUACAUGAGCCAUUUAUACUACCUCUUGUGGACUUUGUAAAAAAGACGUUAUUAGACCAGUGCUUUUGGAAAUCUAAGAACAAUUCCUUCAUAGAAACUGCAAAUACAGGUGCAUUCCAAGAAAGACUUUUGCACCUUUUUGUACUCAUUGCAAUCUGCUAGAGUAGUUUUUAUUCCUUCUUUUUAUAUAAGCGGUUAAAAUGAAUUUUCUCUACUAAACAAACUCCAAAACUAUUUGCCUUUCGUAAGAAAUAGUUGAUGAGCAAAUGGCGAAUGUAUUUCUUGUGCAAUUUGUAUUAGUGUAUAAUUACAGGGGGAUUGGUAAAUGUAAAAGAUGAAUUUGUAAUGUUUCUCAGGACCAAAUCGACACAACCAAAAUAUGUUUAAUAAUUGUCCUGUGGCUUAAAUCAGGUGUCUUACUUGUGACACAAGAUGUGCAUUUAUAGUUUUAUUAGUUUGUUUGUUGUUGUUUUUUAUUUUUAUUUUACCACUCUAUAUUCUGUUCUGUAGGUCAAAUGAUACUUGCAGAUCAGGCGUGACCACUUCACUUGGUUUCCCACUAUCACAAUCAUCACUUGUGCAUGUUUUAUUGUGUCUGUUUUAAACAAAGGUCCUUUUUGUUAUUUCACUUUGCUGAAAUAUCAUUGCCAAGCACUCCAAGCUCUGUAUGGAGGCUCAAAGUGGUAAAAUUAAAUAGACAAAUAAGACAUUAUGAAAUAGAUAAUCAUAUCAGUAAAUACGGACAAAAUAUGAAAUAAAACAUGAAACAAUGUAUUUUUUAAAACUCACUUUUAAGCUUCUUUUUUUUUCACGAUAACAUGUCAGGUCAUCAUUAUUUAACUCCAGCUGUUUUUAUUUCCAAAUGCCACUGUUCAUUACAAAGACUUGGCAUGGCGGAUACAGCUGUGUGAUUGGCUGUUCACUCAUUCAGACCAAAGCAAUAGCCAAUCACAUAACUGGUUUGUCUUGAUUUACAAAAAUAUGGUGAUGAAACGUGGCAUUGAUGGGUCAUUAGGGAAAAAAUACAUUUUGAAAUAAAAACUGCUGAAAUAAAAUAACCUGUAAUAAACUCUUUUAUUGUAAAAAGAAACAGAAUCAACCAACAUUUCAUAAUCAUGAGCUGAGUUUUUAAAAUGUAUUGGAUUAUUUAACAAUGUAAUGUUUACAUUUCAUAUUUUGUCUACAUUUAUUCAAAUAAUUUAUUUAAUAAUAUCUUAUUUAUUUAUUUUAUUAUUUGUCGUGGAUAUACACCAGAAGGAACAACAAUCUCCAAAUUUUUUGCCUGAAUGUAACAUCUCCUACUUGGCAGCUGUUGUGCUUAUCUGCAUAAUAUCAAGCUCUUCUCAUUAUAUUUUGGGCCUUGUUUCUGUUAGCAUCGACACAUAACGCCGCGUGAAAUCACACCUCAUCUGCCAGUGUUAUAAGAUCCAUUUCACAUUCACUGCUGUUGUAUCAACCUAGCUAAAUCUUUUAGGCUCAGGUGUUAGCUGUUUGACUUGAAUUAUGUGAUUUUUGUUUUUCUUUUUUUUUUCUCUAAACCAUAUAGGAGACCAUUCACAUGCUUCGUGAUUGUGUUUUAAACAGCGUUAGCGGCAUAGAUGGAUCAAACUUUUGUGUAAUCGUAGUCUACUUAUGAAUGAAACUCAAAUGUUACCUAGAAAAGAUCAGUCAUGUGAAAUGUAAUCAUCAGAAGACAAACAAAAGGCUAAGUAGAAGUCUGAACGGUUAUGGAAAUAAUGGAGAAAAGCAAGAGUGAGGAAGAAACAUGCUGCUCGCAUCACUGUCAUUUUAGAUUAUCCUGCUGUUGUUGAUGCCUUCCUGAACAUAAAUGUAAACAGUACUGUACAAGUCAACAUUUAGCAAGCGGAGAAAGUUGUGAUCAGAGCAGAACCAAUACCGUGAGCCAUUUCUGUGAACUAGUGCGAUGCCUGAAUGAUGUGUUCAAGUGCGUCAUUACUGUCUUUUCUAUUGGCAAUAACACAUUCCUAAAGGAACAGAGGUUCCUGUUACUGUGGAAUACACUCCGGGGAAUAAAAUCUUUACAGUUGAAGCCUUGAAA